AUGAGCGCGAGCGGCCCGGCGGCUACCGGGGACGGCCCCGCGCUGCCGCCGCCGCCGCCGGCCGGGCCCGGUGCGGGGCCCGCACCGCCCGCGCCCGCCGCCGCCGCCCGGGACGCCAUGGACGGGCGCGCUGAGCUGCCCGCCUUCCCGCGGGCCGGAGCCCCGCCGCUCGCCGCCAGCGACACGGUGCCCGCGGCGCCCGAGGGGGCUGGGGCGGCCCGGCCCGGCCCGCCGCCGCGCCCCACCUCCUUCUCGGUGCUGGACAUCCUGGACCCCAACAAGUUCAACAGCAGAAGACGCCGCUGUGUGCUGCUGGGCCCCGUGGCGCCCGCGGCGUGCGCCCCGGCCCCCGCCGCCCCGGGACGCCCGCCGCGCUCAGAGGAGCUGGAGCGCCGUGCCCUCGCCGCCGCCGGAGGAGCUGGAGCCGGUACCGGAGCUGAGCCGCCGCACGCCGGCGACCCCUGCAAGGCGGACGAAGCCGAGGCCAACGGCUACAGCAGCGGCGGUGGCCGCAGCCCGAGCGGGGACGAGGCGCCCGACGACGAGGACGAGGACGAGGCGCCCGAGGCGGGGGCGGCGUGCGGCGCUGAGGCGCGGGGAGGCGGCAGCGGCCUCGGGGCCCGCGGGUCGGGCUGCCAGGGCGAGGCCGAGGCGCCCCCAGGCGCUGUCGAUGAGGCCGCUGUCCCCGGCCCCCGUGGGAACUCGCCCGGAACCCCGGGCCCGCCGGGAGCCUCGGCGGCGCCCGGGGACGCGGGGACGACCCCGCAGGGCGCGGCGACGGCGACGAAGCCCAAGCGGAAGCGCACAGGCUCCGACUCCAAGUCCGGGAAGCCGCGGCGCGCGCGCACCGCCUUCACCUACGAGCAGCUCGUGGCGCUGGAGAACAAGUUCAAGGCGACGCGCUACCUGUCGGUGUGCGAGCGCCUCAACCUGGCGCUGUCGCUGAGCCUCACCGAGACGCAGGUGAAGAUCUGGUUCCAGAACCGCCGCACCAAGUGGAAGAAGCAGAAUCCGGGCGCCGAUACCAGCGCGCCGACAGGCGGCGGAGGGGGACCGGGGCCGGGUUCCGGGCCGGGUGCGGGGCUGCCCGGUGGCCUCAGCCCGCUCAGCCCGUCGCCGCCCAUGGGUGCGCCGAUCGCCAUGCACGGCCCGGCCGGGUACCCGGCGCACGGCCCCGGCGGCCUGGUGUGCGCCGCGCAGCUGCCCUUCCUGUCGAGCCCGGCGGUGCUGUCGCCCUUCGUGCUGGGCUCGCAGACCUACGGCGCGCCCGCCUUCUACGCGCCGCACCUCUGA